GGACUAAGCGGAGCCCAGCCCUAGGGCGGGGCCUAGCCGAGGUUGGGUCGGCCUAAAGGUAGGGAGGGCUUCCAAGAACGCUCUCCGGAAGAUCCGCGUUGCUGUACCGGAGAGACGCUCCAGCGCUCCAGUCGUUUCCCGUGUCGCUUCAGUCAUGCCGAAGCACGAGUUCUCCGUGGACAUGACUUGCGGGGGGUGUGCUGAUGCUGUGUCCCGAGUCCUCAACAAGCUGGGAGGAGUGGAGUUCAACAUUGACUUGCCCAACAAGAAGGUCUGCAUUGAGUCUGAGCACAGCACAGACACCCUGCUGGCCACGCUCAACAAAACAGGAAAGGCCGUGUCCUACCUUGGUCCCAAGUAGCCAGGACCUGGGCCAGUCCCUCUGGAAGUACUAAAGAGGCGGUUGAUCUGGUGUCCCUGCAGAUUUGGAACACCAACUGCUCAGUCCAGCUCAGCCAUGGAGUUCCUGCCCAGACAGGCCCUCCCCUGCCAGCUCCCUGCUGGCUUCCCUGCAAUAAAAUCAAGCUGCAUUUGU